UCAGCUUGUGCAACUAAAAUAGUUCAAGGCCUUCUAUACCUUCAUACCGGUGUUGUUGGCGCAAAGAGUGAAGACAACAGAUUUGUGUACGUUCUUGACGAUAUAAUUGUUGCAAGCAUCUCGCAUACGUCAAAAGGAUUGUUGGAGGGACUGCAAGAUGCCAUUAAGAGCCUUUCCCACUGAACUGUACAUGUAGGUGACGGGUGUCCAUCCAACUAGAUAAAUAUUGCUAAAUUUGAUCUACCAAAUCACAAACAAACACUUCUUUCUGCAUGUACAGACAGCUGUCAAUCCAUUAUAAGGUUUAAAGAGCUGGACAAAACUCUUGUGGCGACGGCUGUUGCUGACUGGCUGUCUUCUCUCUCGUAAGUCCACCGGUGGUCAGGUGUAAGUUUCAGCUGUCAAUCCGUUAUAAGGUUUAAAGAACUAGACAAAACCCUUGUGGCGACGGGUGCUGCUGACUGGCUGCCUUCCCUCUGGCAACUCUUCAGUAAGGAUGAACUUAUGGGAAGUGGUGACCCUGGUGGUCUGGGCAGUUUUAAUACCCUCCUGUGUUUGUGAACAGGAAACCUUAGAUCUCAGCUCCACUGAUGAUGGAUAUUUACCCAACAUGCUUCUACUUCCUGGGAUUAUUUCAAGACAUGCUGUUCUUCCGGUCGGUUUUUUCAGUUCGAAAUGGGAUUCGCCCUUCAUAAAGGAACUUCUGCCCUUUUAUCUUGCUAAACUUUUUCGCGAUUUGGAAGAAAAUAAAAGAAAAAACAUUUAUCAUCAGAGAUUGAAAAAUCAAGCUAAGGACGGAGGAAAACGGGGAAACAGUAUUCUUCACUUUGGAAAACGUCGUUCAACUGAUAAAAAAGAACGAUAUAAUAAACGUGAUUAUUUUCUACCAUCCCGUAAACUUUAUGUUACAUUUAACGCUCUAAAGCAUUUAUUUGAGCAUUCUAAUGAACACGAUCAUAAAAGAGAUGUAGUUCAUAAAAUGUUAUAUUAUGUGAAACCAUCCAUAAUGAGCCCUAAAGACAAAGAUUUCACAUAUUCUAUUCACAAUUCACCUGAAAAUAUCCUGCAUAGAAAGAACGAAGUUGAAGCUCUUUUGAGAAGUCUUAUAAAUAAAAAUAAAAAUGAAGGAAAUAGCGGAAUGUAUUUUGAUAAAAAUUUGACUAUAAAGAAGAGACCAGACCAUCAUAUAAUGUAUCUUGGAAAAAUACUUGAUAAUGAAAAGCGACUACAUCAUCACAUAAAGUAUUUUAGUAAAAGAUCUAAUAGCGCAAAAAUACCUGAACAUCAAAUAACAUACUCUGGGAAAAAUCUUAAUGAAGAAAAUGGACAAGACCUUCAUAUGAUAUAUCUUGGACAAAAUACCAACAUUGAAAAACGACCAGUUCACCGCAUCAUGUACUUCGGUAAACGAUCUGUGGAAGAAUUGCAGCCCGACCAUUCAAUAAGGGAUUUUGGAAAAGAUUCUAAUGAUGAAGAACGACCUACCCAUCAAGUGAUGUACUUUGGUAAAAGACCUAUAGUCGGAAAACGACCUAACCAUAACAUGAUCCAUUUUGGUAAAAGAUCUGAAGACGACAAACACCCAAACCAUUACAUGAUGUACUUUGGAAAGCGCACUGAUGACGAAGAACAACCCGACUAUAAAAUAAUGUAUUUGGAAAAAGAGCUUGAUGAAAGAAACCAACUCGACCAUCACAUGACACACGUUGUUAAAAGAUCUGGAAAUGAAAAGAGAAUGGCUCUGCAAAGAAUGUACUAUGGGAAGAAGUUUGAUGACGAAAAGCAGCCUGAUCACAUAUUGUACUUUGGUAAAAGAUAUUAUAGUGAAAAACGACCGGACCACAAUAUGACGGACUUUGGUAAAAUAUCUGCAGAAGAAAAAAGAUCCGACCACCACAUAAUGUACUUUGGCAAAAGAUCUGAAGAAGCGAAACGACCGGACCACCACAUGUUGUACUUUGGCAAAAGAUCUGAAGAAGAAAAACGACCCGACCACCACAUGAUGUACUUUGGCAAAAGAUCUGAAGAAGAAAAACGACCCGACCACCACAUGAUGUACUUUGGCAAAAGAUCUGAAGAAGAAAAACGACCCGACCACCACAUGAUGUACUUUGGCAAAAGAUCUGAAGAAGAAAAACGACCAGACCACCAAAUGAUGUACUUUGGUAAAAGAUCUGAAGAAGAGACACGACCGGACCACCACAUGAUGUACUUUGGUAAAUGGUCUGAAGAAGAGAAACGACCCGCCCACCACAUGAUGCACUUUGGCAAAAGAUCUGAAAAAGAGAAACGACCAGACCACCACAUGAUGUACUUUGGUAAAAGGUCUGAAGAAAAGAAACGACCCGACCACCACAUGAUGUACUUUGGCAAAAGAUCUGAAGAAGAGACACGACCGGACCACCACAUGAUGUACUUUGGCAAAAGAUCUGAAGAAGAUACACGACCGGACCACCACAUGAUGUACUUUGGCAAAAGAUCUAAAGAAGAUACACGACCGGACCACCACAUGAUGUACUUUGGCAAAAGAUCUAAAGAAGAUACACGACCGGACCACCACAUGAUGUACUUUGGACAAAAGAUCUGAAGAAGAUACACGACCGGACCACCAAAUGAU